CCUUCAGCAUAAACACACGUUGUCUCAGAUGGAAGCUGAUCGAUCCCUGAUCAGUUAUGCUGGUCUCUGUUGACCUUCCGUUGGGCGUCGCCGUCGUAGCGGAUGUCUCGUGUGUAAAAGAUCAGAUGAUUCGGGCUGCAGCGGACUGAUCUCACGGUCAGACAUGGAGGUCAGUGAGGCUCAGCAGGAUCGACAGCAGCUACUCGCGGAGAAGAGGAAGUGGCAGACGGAGCUGGAGAACAAGAAGCGUCAGCUGGAGGACGACAGGAGGGCCCUGCAGCACCUGAAGUCGAAGGCUCUGAGGGAGCGCUGGCUGCUGGACGGAGCGCCCUCUGCUGGACCGGAACAGGACGAAGUGAGGAGACAACUGGAGCAGGACGAGGCCAAGGCCCGGAGCCUGGAGGAGGCCAUCAACAGGUUGGAGAAGGAGGUGGUCGGUUUGGAAAGUGGAGGCGUGGACCAGGCGGCGACACAAACAACCGUGUCAUCAGGAUCCGUUAAAGCUGUAAAGGUCAAAGGUCACAGUGGCCGUCAGCACGACAGAGCUGCGGCCUCAGAUCAGAUAGUUCAAGCCUUUGCAGAGGUCAAAGUUCACAAAACCUCCCGAAAGAACAAAGCGAAAGAGGCGACGGACGAGAUGAAGAGAGCCAUGUACUCGGUGGAGAUCACUGUAGAGCGGGACAAAGUGACGGGAGAAACCAGGGUUCUGUCCACUAACACCACACUUCCUGUUGACCUGUCUCACCAAGGGGUCAAAGUUUACGAGGACGAGACGAAAGUGGUCCACGAGAUGAACGGCGAAGAUGGCGUCCAGCCGCUCAGCUCGUCGGAGGUCGAAGAGCUCAUUAGCAAAGCCGACCAGACCUCGGUGACGCCACAGGCCGCCGCCGCGGCGACCCCUCCGCCGACCGCGGUGACCCCUCCGCCGACCGUGUUGGUCCAGGAGGAGGUGCGUCCCGAGUCGCGGCCGGCCGAGGUCACCGGGCUGGAGACGCAAGAGGGCGGAGCGCCGAGCGUGGCCGGGGCCAGCGCCGAGAACCCCGUCACCAUGGUGUUCAUGGGAUAUCAGAGCGUGGAGGACGAGGACGAGACCAAGAAGAUUCUGGGUUUAAAGGGGACAGUGAAAGCCGAGCUGGUGCUCCUCCACGACGCCAACGGGAAAACAUCGCCGGGCGAAGGGCGCGAGGAGGCCGGCGGGCCUCACGCACCAGACCCGCCUCCGGCUGCGGCUCCGCCUCCAGCGGCCUCUCCCGCUACCCCGCCCUCCACCAAACCUACGGAGACGUCGGCGGCGAGCAACGGGGAGACGGAGGAGGGGAAGGAGGGAGUGGGGGAGGGGAAGAAGGUGAAGCAGCCGUGCAAGUGCUGCAGCAUCAUGUGAUCCUGCAGGGGGCGCCGCCUCCAGGUCUAAUCAUAUUAAAACGAAAAAGAACGGAGACUUUCCGGGACAUAAACUACAGGAAGUAAACUCCACGCACUGCCCUCUGCUCCGCCUCUAACAACAUGACAUCAUUUCCUGUUUCUUCAUUCUCUUGUUCUAUAAAACCUCUCAACUUUUUUUCUAAUUUCUUGAAGCCUUUUUACUUUUGUACUCAUGUUUCCAGCUGUGACGCCUGAUUGAGUCUGAUUAGCUUAGCGUUAGCUUUCAGCAUUAGCUUGUAGCAUUAACCUCCUCUCUCUCUUUAUAAGCUCCACCGUAAAAAACAGUGAAUUAAUUUUAGAGUUGUAUUUAUUUAAUUUUGUAAGUUUCUCCUGCAGACUUUCAUGAUUCUGUUUGUUGGAGUUUUAUAAAAGAGAAAAUAAAAGCAUAACGAAAACACAA